AUGUCAGGUAGGAGGAGAGGGGUUGGGAAAGGUCGACCCAGCCCUGCCCAGUUUAGAUCAGCACCAUUCAGUCGAGCCAAAGACACUUACAAUUUGACUUGGAUUGUCGAGUCGUAUCCGCCUUUGGAGGAAGUCAGGCUUCUUUACAGAAAGAUUAUGCCCAAGUGGGGAAUGCCCUUUCUAAAAGAAGUGCUCACCAGAAGCAGACACGUAACGUCCCUCAAGACAUUUAUUACCGCCAUCCUGAACCCCUAUUUACGGUAUCAGGACCUCUUGUCGUCUUAUAUCUCCAUCCCUGAGGACCUCGUCUGUCGCCCCUCCUGA